UUUUCGCAGGACUUGAUCAGUCAAGUUGCAACACCGCUGGACUACAAUGCCAGGAAACUGGAGGAGUUGAGAAGGACCCAUGCAGAGUACAACAAUAAAUUGGUCAAAGAGCGCGAGUCGUCCUACGCCGAACUGAAGAAACUAAAACAAAAGUAUGACACAGUAUGUCAAGAGGUCGAGAACAAGAGGAGGAAGACCGAGUCGGGGUACGAAAAAUCGAAAGCCCAGAGCGCCUACAGCCAGCAACUGGCGGAAAUGCACAACGCCAAAAACACCUAUCUGAUUGGGAUCAAUAUAACGAACAAGCUGAAGGAAUGCUAUUAUCACGAGUAUAUUCCGGACCUGCUGGACUCGUUACAGGAUCUGAAUGAGACACGGGUUGCGAAGUUGAACCAGUUGUGGUUGGUCGCUGCAGCGCUCGAGACGAACACGCUCAAACGGAGUAUUGAACAUAUGACACAUCUAUCAUCGGAAAUACCCAGAAACAAUCCCAGCCUUGACAGCAAUAUGUUUGUGCGCCAUAAUGCCGUGCAGUGGCAAGAGCCAUCAAAUAUGGUGUUUGAGCCGUCUCCAGUUUGGCUAGAUGCAGACAACAUGAUGACGGACGAAACGUCCAAGAUCUUUCUACGGAACAUUCUCUCGAAGAGUAAACCACUCAUCAGUCAGCUCAAAACCGAAUCUGCGCAGAAGCAGCGUGACCUGGAGAACGUGAAGAAGGCUCGCCAGAAUAUCCGACAAGGAAAAGACAAGCGGGAUGAAGUCUUGUGUGUGGUUUCUCAAUUUGCCGUUCAAGAAGAGCUACAUGCAAUUGACCGCAAGAGAAUGACGGCGGAGGUGGAAACCUCCACGAUCACCUCGGUUGUCGGUGACUUGAGCAUGUACGGAAAAAGUCACGCCUUCAAGUCCGAGACAUUUAAGAUACCGACCAAUUGCGAUCUUUGUGGCGAUCGUAUAUGGGGUUUGAGUGCAAAAGGAUUCAUCUGCACAGACUGUGGUUUUACCUGUCAUAGCAAAUGUCAUAUGAAGGUACCGGCCGAUUGUCCUGGGGAGCAAACCAAGGAAGAAAGGAAGAAGCUGAAAGCUGAACGGCAAGCCGCUGCGUUGACGGCUGUAGAGACACCAGCGUCGAACGGUGUGGGCUCACAACCACCAUUGACCAGGCAGGAUACAAUGAACAGCCUCUCGUCUGGCUAUGCAGCAAGUGCUACACGAUCGGUGUCUGGUGGUAUUGUCAGAUCGACUGGCCAGGAUGGUGGAUCGUCGACAGCUCCUACGUCUCCGUUUGCGUCGACUUUAGAUUCCGGCUCAGCUGGGGCAAGGAGAAACAGAGUUGUCGCACCGCCACCGACAGCUUAUGUGAGCGCGCCGCCUGAUUUGGGGUCGAAUGGAAGUAGUGGGCCAAGAGGCAAGAUGAUUUAUCCUUACGAGGCAAGGGACGAUGGUGAGGUGUCGCUGUCGGAAGGUGCCGAAGUCAGGAUCUUGGAACCCGACGGUAUGUGGAAGCUCUUUUUGGGACAUUGCGGAUACUGACUAUGUCCAGAUGGUGGAUGGACCAGAAUUCAAACCGGAAAUGGCAAGGAAGGUCUUGUUCCGACGGCAUAUCUUGAAGAGUUGCCGACACCCGCAAGUACGCCUGCACAUGAAAGGCCGCCAUCAUUAUACUCCAACUCGAGUGCGUCGUUGGCGUCGUCGA